GUGGGAGAAAGGGAGGCCACUUUUUAUGGCUGACGAAUAAAACAAAGCAGUUUUAUGUGUUAAGGACAAAGAGCGUCGAGCCUUUCCGUGUCAGUCAUGGAGGAGGUCAGCAAUGUAGCUGUACUUAUCACACACUCCUCCACCGCCACCUGUUCCUCCUCUGCUCCGUCAGCACUGGGAUCUCUCUCCCCGCUCGUCACCCAGCAUGCUGUGGAGGAAGACGCCUCCCACAGUCUUCAGCAGAAACGAGCGGCAGAUUCUCUCAUCCAGGUCAUCGAGAAGCUCAGCAAGAUCGUGGAGAAGCGGCCCCAGCGUCGCUGCACCAUUGCGGGACAGAAAAGAGGGGGAGGAGGUGACGAGGUGACGAGAGGGAGCAGAGGAGGCUCACCCUUGAAGAAAGUCAAGAGGAACUGUAAGGGGCAGGAAGAAGAGGUGCAAAUAGAAGGUGACAGUAACAACAACAUCACCGGGACGGAGGCAUCGAGCAACCCCAGCGGUGGCGACCUCAAGCGAACGGUGACCUGCUAUCAGUGCAGCCUCUGCCCCUACCUCUCCCAGACACUGCCCAUGCUGAAAGAGCACCUGAAGCAUCACAACGAGCAGCACAGCGACCUCAUCCUCAUGUGCUCCGAGUGUCGCUUCACCUCCAGAGACCAGGGGCAGCUGGAGGCCCACGUCAGGCUGCACUUCGACAACGGAGGCAACCUGACGAGCAAUUUGUCCGACACCUCCAGUGAGGGCAAGGAGGAGGUUUCAAGAACGCAGGAUGGGGACUGGACUGAGAGCAGCCCAUUGGACGGUUCAAAGGAGCUCCCGCAGAAGAAGAAGUGGUACAGCUUCGAGGAGUACGGGCUGUACCGCUGCCUGAUCUGCAGCUAUGUUUGCAGCCAGCAGAGGAUGCUCAAGACCCACGCCUGGAAGCACGCCGGCUUGGUGGACUGCUCUUACCCCAUCUUCGAGGAUGAAGACGGCAACACGGCGAGGAAGGAAGCCCAGCAUGCACCUGCAACCAGAGAGGAAAUAGUCGUUCUUUCUCCAGGUCUUCAAGAUAAAAGCCUCCAAAAGUUGCCCGCUGCCUUCAAGCUCCAGCUCUGCAUGCCAAUGAACGCCGAGAACAAACACGACGCGUUGAGUCAUCCGGUUUCUGAUCUGAAAGAAAGUUUAAAAACGGAAGAGGAGGAAAGCGUGUACCCUAUCAAAGAGGAGCCCAUGGUAGAGGUGCAGGUGACGACGGAGGCCGACGCCGAGGUGGAGAUCGACAGUCACCACGGCGGCGCAUUCGUCACGGACAGCUUACUGUCAUCGGCGCAAAAGAUCAUCAACAGCAGUCCCAACAGCGCCGGACACAUCAACGUGAUCGUGGAGCGCCUUCCUUCAGCUGAGGAUUCCGUCAUGGCGACUAACCCGCUUCUUCUCAGCCAGCACGUGGACAGGGAGAAGAACUCAUCGGAUGAGAAGGAGGAGCACGGACAUGUUGGAGCAAAGGUGGAAUUAGUGUCUAGCUGCAUUCUGGGUCCUGAAAGCCAACCUUUAGUAGCUGAUAUUAAACCGUCUGUGGGCAGUGAGUCUGCACGGGAUGAAAACAUUCCCCCAGCCGGUCGAAAGAGGACGCAUUCUGAGUCCCUGCGCCUGCACUCUCUGGCGGCUGAGGUCCUGAUAGCUAUGCCUAUGAGGACCAAUGAGCUCCCCACCUCCAGCACAAAGGUAAGUCUUAAGACCAGCACCACCGAGGCACAGAGCCCCAACCAGAAACGGGUAGAGGUGACAUCAUCCAGGACUUCUGACGCGGAGACCACCGCAGCUCUGUUGGACUUAGAGCUUCACGGCGAGGCCAGAGAAGAAGAUUUGUGCCUGGAUGAGGGAGACGAGGAGGGACCUGCCACUAAAGCGGGAAUCAGCCUGUCAUUGCUCACCGUCAUCGAGAGACUCCGAGAACGCUCGGACCAGAACGCCUCCGACGAGGACAUCUUGAAAGAGCUUCAGGACAACGCGCAGUUCAACAACAUAGCCGUGGACAGCGUGGUGACGGGAAACGGAGCGGGGAGCUACAUGUGUAGCAUCCCAGGGAUGGACGGGUUGGUUGCAAAUUCUGAUGGGGGGCUGGUGGACUACAUCCCUGGGAGUGAUAGGCCGUACAGGUGCCGCCUGUGCCGCUACAGCAGCGGCAACAAGGGUUACAUCAAGCAGCACCUCCGGGUGCACAGGCAGAGAGAGCCCUAUCAGUGCCCCAUCUGCGAGCACAUCGCCUCCGACAGUAAGGACCUGGAGAGCCACAUGAUCCAUCACUGCAAGACCAGGAUGUACCAGUGCAAGCAGUGCCCUGAUGCCUUCCACUACAAGAGUCAGUUAAGGAGCCAUGAGAGGGAGCAGCACAGCUUCAGUGGGGACAUGUCCGGCCUCACACCCGUCACUGAAACUGUCUCCAUGGUGGAUGACGCUGAGCGGGUCACAGACGACGAAGGUGGUGUGCAGAAGAUGUAUAAGUGUGAUGUGUGCGACUACACCAGCUCCACCUAUGUCGGCGUGAGGAACCACCGUCGGAUUCAUAACUCUGACAAGCCUUAUCGGUGCUGUAGCUGUGAUUUCGCCACCACCAACAUGAACAGUCUGAAGAGCCACAUGAGGAGGCACCCUCAGGAGCACCAGGCCGUGCAGCUGCUGGAGCAGUACAGGUGCUCCCUGUGUGGCUAUGUGUGCAGUCACCCCCCGUCCCUCAAAUCCCACAUGUGGAAGCACGCCGGAGACCAGAACUAUAACUACGAGCAGGUCAACAAAGCCAUCAACGAGGCCAUCUCCCAGAGCAGCCGAGCUCCCCAGAAGCUGUCGGCGGUGGUGGAGUCAGCAACGGAGCGCCCUGCGGGGGCCCCACCCACAAAGGCCCCAGUGGAAGCAGCAGCAAGCCUGGCGGUAGACAGCUCAGCUAACCUGCCUACAUCCACCACAGACCCCUCACAGUUACCGGGUGAAGCCCUGAGCCCCCAGAGAAAGGACUCCGCUGUGCUGCAGCAGCGCACCGGUCAGGGCCCCGGCUCCGGGAUGGAGUACUGCAUGCUCCUGUUCUGCUGCUGCAUCUGCGGCUUUGAGUCCACCAGCAAGGAGCGGCUGAUGGAACACAUGAAGGAGCAUGAGGGCGACAUUAUCAGCAUCAUCCUCAACAAGGAGCAGCAGCAGCAAGCACAGGCAGCCGAGUGACAGCUGCCCCCCCCCGCCACCCUCCCAAAUUCUCUUUAUAAUAACACUGACCCUCAACUGCUGCCCUCUGAAGUAUUUCAUGUUUCCUUACCUCGAGGUGGAAAACCUUUCACGUCUACUGUUCCACAGAAUUGUACGGAGGAGGAUUAGUGCCACAUGACAAAAAAAUAUUGGGACGUGACCAAAGGAAAAUACAUUUGGAGCCCUGACUUUAUAUCAACAUUUUGAGAAGGUCAGAAUCCUGAGACGGAACUCAAAGUGUUAUUUUACUUUUGGUCACAUUCUAAAAACAAACGCCUCACGUGGCACGAAUUGUCUUCCGUAGGUUUUGUCAUUUCUCAGAAUGAAAUUAUUCUCCGAGUGAAACAUCCUUUUUAAAAAGGGAUUUCAUAAAAAUGAUAACAAUUUUUCUACGCCGUUUUGGACAUUAAGAUGUCUGUAGGGAAGAGAUUUAAAUUUCAAGGGAAGCCCGAGCUCUAACCAAGUUUAUUUUUCAACGUACAGGGAAAAGAUCAUACCUCACAGAACCAUAUGACCCCUCACCAGAAAUAGGAAAAAACAAUUUCCAGUCUAUUUCGUAUAUUGACCGUAAGGCAGCUCUUUUAUUGCUUUUGUAAUAUUUAAUGUAUUUGAACUGACUCGGUGAGGAGGCACAAACUGACCAUGUCUAACGGAGGCAUUUAUCGCAGCUCACAUAGGAUUCAAUAUUUAUCACUUUAUUUUUAUGCAUGUUUCUGUUAUGCCAAUUCUAAAGAGGCAAAUGUUAAUUAUUAUAUUUGUUUUUUUUGUAGAAUGACUGUAAUUGAACUUGUCUGAUCAUAUAUAUUAUUUGUAUUAUAUUUCUAUAGUGGAUAAAGGUAACGUUGUCGAAGAAAAGUGGAAGUAUGGCAACCCCUUUUAAUAUUUCACCUGCAAUUAAUUGAAGAUAUCUGUAGAAACAUUUUGACAUGUCACAAAUAUAUUUUCACAUGUAGAUAUUACAUUACAACACGUCAAAACAGAUGUACAGAUAUCUUUCAUUUAAUAUUCUCAGUAGUCCCCUUAAUACUAGUAAGAAUAUUAAUGACUGAUAUGUCUCAAAUAUUAUUCCACAUUUACAGGAUUAUAAAAUGUAAUUUUACAUUUUAAAUAUUAACUUAACAUUUUGAUUAUGUAAUACAAAUUACACAAUUGUUUCUAUCUGUACAUGGGUACAAUUUUUGAUAUCCAAAUUACAAUUCUGAUUAUAAAAAGAUAAAGUGCUCCUUUUAGGAUUUCUACAGUUUUAAUUUGCAUAUCCUAAAUGCAAUUCUUAUUAUGAAGAUGUUGAAAAUUCAAUGAUUCAUUCUAGAAUUUAAGAUAUUUAGAAAAAUAUAUAUAUAUUUUAUCCAACAAUUAUAUAUAUAUAUAUAUAUAUAUAAUUGUUGGAUAAAAUAUAUAUAUA